GCAAAUUCUACAAAACAAAAACAAAAAAAAUCCAUUAAAAAAAAAAAAAAAGAAACAGAGACCAAAAUCUUUUCUUCAGUUCAAUCUCUAAAAACUAUAAGAAGGAUUUUUUUCCUCCAAAUCCUGUAACAGUAAAAUUUUGUAUAAAUCGAAAAAGCAACAAUUUUGACGCUUCACAAUGGCAGAAUUUGUAGAACCAAAUCUCCUAUCCACAGAGACCAUCAAUUUUGAUGAUGAGAAGAGCAAUUUUGUUGACACAGUCUCGAUUACUGCUCUCGAGACAUUGAUUUUUCAGAUGGGUUUCCCUCCGGAGAGCGAAGACAUCAUUUUAGAGAUGAUUGAGAAAGAGAGACAACACUCUCCCAGAGAUGAUUACCUCAAGAGACUGAGGAAUGGGGAUUUGGAUUUGACACUCAGACGUCAAGCCCUUGAUUGGAUUUGGAAGGCUUGUGAGGGGCUUAAAUUUGGACCAAUGUGUAUAUGUCUCGCAACAAACUACUUGGAUCGUUUCUUAUCUGUUCAUGACUUGCCUAGUGGAAAAGCUUGGACUGUACAACUGUUGGCUGUGGCUUGUUUGUCAUUGGCAGCCAAAAUAGACGAAACCAUAGUUCCAGAUUUAAUACAUUUGCAGGUUGGAGAUCCCCUUUUUGUAUUUGAGCCUAAAUCAAUCCAAAGAAUGGAACUUUUGGUGUUGAACGUAUUGAGAUGGAGGUUACGAGCCGUGACUCCAUGCUCUUACAUUAGAUAUUUCCUGAGUAAGAUCAAUGGCUAUGAUCAAGAACCACCUAGCAGACUGAUAUCCAGAUCGCUACAAGUGAUAGCCAGUACAACCAAAGGUAUUGACUUCUUGGAGUUUAGAGCUUCAGAGAUUGCUGCUGCAGUUGCUCUUUCUGUUUCUGGAGAACUUAGCACAUUACACUAUGACAAAGUCUCCUUCACUACUUUCUUCUCACACCUUGAAAAGGAGAGAGUGAAGAAGAUUGGUGAAAUGAUAGAGAGAGAUGGGUCAACUUCAUGUUCACAAACACCCAAUAAUGUAGUCUUACCAUUCAAGACUCUUUAUUCUCCUUCUCCUCUUUCUCCUUCUUCUGUUUCUUCCUCCCUCACUUCUCUUUCUUAAUUUUCUCUCUUUU